AUGGCCGGUCCAAGCAAGUCGUUGGUCCUUGACCCGGCCCUCCAGAAAUACUACGAACUCACCGCAAACCGCUACAAGUACUUCCGCUGGACACCGCGCCACGCCUGGUUCUCGUUCCUCUACAUGGUUGCCAUUCCCGGCGCUCUGGGCUACGUUGCCUACAACACCGAUGGCAAAUAUCAAUUCCGCGGCAAGAGGAGGGAGGAUACCAUUGCGGAGUUUUAA